UGAUAAAAUCAAACUUUUCAACACAUAAGUCAUAAAACAUUUCAAAUAUUUAAGUCUAAAAACAACUACAAACAUAAAAUCCAACAUUUGGAGAUUGCAAUUAUAAUAUUUCCGUUUUUCGGUCGGAAAUUCGGAAAUUUGGUUCGGUUGAAAGAACCCUGAUUUCUGAACUAUCUAUAUUUUCUUCCAAAUUCCGAACCGAAUAGCAUUAAUUCGGUUUAAUUCAGUUUCGAUUUCGGUUCGAUUUACCGAACCGUUUGUUCACCCCAUCACUUAUUAGUCAUUAGUGUGUACUGUGUAGUGUAAAUGUGUAAUUCUCCCUCGCAGAUUCAUCGGAUACCAAAACUAAUUCCAAAAAGCAGCGCAAAAGAAACGACGACAGGCCUAAUUCAAUUAGUAAUAUAAUUAAAAAACAAAAGUAAAAAGCGCAAAACACACAUUCCCUCAACUCUCUCUCUCUCUCCUCUCCUCUCCUCUCUUCUUUCCUACCCUUUUCUUCUCCGACUCUCUGCGUCCCUCCCCUGUCUAGAAUCCUCCUUUACCUUCCUGCUUCGCUCUCUCCUCCGUCUCUCUGCCUUGCACAGUUUCUGCUUGCCGAGCCGACGCAAGAGGGAGAGCAUGGAGAAGCUCCUGCUCGCCCCCUACCUCUGAUCUCGCUUGGUUCAGCAGGUGAGAGAAAGCUUCUCACUCUGUAAAUCACUUCCGCCAUUAAUACGCUCUGGUUUCCUUUUUCUUUAGGGGUCUUUUUUGUUUGUUUCCUUGACCGAUGUUUCUGCCUCCGUCGUUGAGUGUUUGGUCUUCUUCUUCUCCGUUUUCCAUUUUCUCGCCCUCUUUUGUGUUGCUAGCUUGUCUGGAACCCCACCACUCAUCAGAGGUUUGCUCGAAAAUUUCCCGAGAAAAUUAAUCGAGGCCGAGAGGAAAAUUGUCUCCCGUCUCCGUGGGCCCCGUUUUCCCAUUAUCACUCGUCGCCAGACUGGUUUGUGGCUUGUUUGGUUGCCAGGGAAAGUUGUGAAGGAGUUUUUCUUUUCCCCUGAGUGGUGUGUUUUCUUUUCCUCCUCUCUCCUCCCCCGGUUUAAAGAAAAUGGGGUUGCUGUUGAAAAAUCAAUUUAACAACCGUCACUUUAUUUGUUGAGAAGUCAUUUUCUUUCUCUUCCCCCACCAAACUGUCCCACGCUCCGCUCCUCCAUUUUCUCAGAGUCCAAACAGUGGGGAAAAAAAAAAAAAACUAGCCUCUGUGGUUCUUUCAGGGAUUUCUGUAAAAGGGUUUCUGCUCUCCGCCAUACCUGCCUUCUUGACCCCUGCUUAAUUCAUUACUAACUCCUUUUUGAUUAUUUCCACAGUGGAGGCGGUCAGAUCCGAAAAGGUUCUUGAAGCCAGCCAUAGCUCAUCCCACAAUAGAAUUUGGUAAGUUUAUUGAUUCAAGAUCUCUGAGACGAACAUUGGGUUUGUGGUUGUGUGGGUCGUUGUUUGGUUUCCUAUCAUCUGCUUUUUUCCAAUGGAAAAUCCAAGUCUCCCUCUGUCUCAUGUUUAUCCGUUGACAGGCGUUAGUCUUUUUUUUAAAUAUUAUUCUGACUGCUUUGAAUGUUUGAAUUUAGUAAUUUACUCAAUGAGCUGUUGAACUUCUCCCGAGCAUUUAGGUCGUCUCUGUUAGGAGUUGGUGCUUUGAAUAAUACUAAACGGCUAAUUGGGAUUUCUUCUAUCGUUUUUUCAGGCGUUUAAGAUACCCACCAGCACAGCAGUCACACACCCCUUUGGAGUGUGCUGUUCGGUUAUUACUGAAAAACUGUUCUCUCUGGGUUUAAGAGCAACGCUACCAAAAUGCAAAGGCCACCGCCGGAGGAUUUUCUCCUCAAGGAGACCAACCCACAUUUGGGAGGUGGGAAGAUCACGGGCGACAAGCUCACAAGCACCUAUGACCUCGUCGAGCAGAUGCAGUAUCUUUACGUCCGGGUUGUCAAGGCCAGGGACUUGCCAGGGAAAGAUGUCACUGGCAGCUGUGAUCCUUAUGUGGAGGUCAGGCUGGGAAACUACAAGGGUACUACUCGCCAUUUCGAGAAGAAGUCCAACCCCGAGUGGACCCAGGUCUUUGCAUUCUCCAAAGAUCGGAUUCAGGCCUCGGUUCUGGAGGUUACCGUCAAGGAUAAGGACUUUGUGAAGGAUGAUUUCAUUGGGCGGGUUCUGUUCGAUUUGAAUGAGGUCCCCAAACGUGUUCCUCCUGAUAGUCCAUUGGCGCCUCAGUGGUACAGGUUGGAAGACCGGAAGAGUGAUAAAGUAAGAGGGGAGCUGAUGUUGGCGGUUUGGAUGGGGACUCAGGCUGACGAAGCCUUUCCUGAAGCGUGGCAUUCUGAUGCUGCAACCGUGAGUGGAAUGGAUGCUCUUGCUAACAUUCGAUCCAAGGUUUAUCUCUCUCCAAAGCUGUGGUAUUUGAGGGUAAAUGUGAUUGAAGCUCAGGACUUGAUCCCGACUGACAAAAAUCGUUAUCCAGAAGUGUUUGUAAAGGCUAGGUUGGGGAAUCAAACUCUAAGAACGAGGAUCUCUCCUAGUCGAACGAUUAACCCUAUGUGGAAUGAAGACCUUAUGUUUGUAGCUGCGGAACCAUUCGAGGAGCCUUUGAUUUUGAGCGUGGAAGAUAGAGUUGCUCCGAACAAAGAUGAUGAGUUGGGGAGAUGUGCAAUUCCUUUGCAGUAUAUGGACAAAAGGUACGACCACAAACCAGUCAACACCAGGUGGUUUAAUCUCGAGAAACAUAUUGUUGUGGAAGGUGAAAAGAAGAAGGAAACCAAAUUCUCUAGUAGGAUUCACAUGAGGGUCUGUUUGGAAGGUGGAUAUCAUGUUCUUGAUGAGUCUACACACUACAGUAGCGAUCUUCGCCCCACUGCCAAACCACUGUGGAAAUCAAGCAUUGGGGUACUAGAGCUCGGUAUACUAAAUGCUACCGGACUCAUGCCUAUGAAGACUAAAGAUGGCCGUGGAACAACUGAUGCUUACUGUGUUGCUAAGUACGGUCAGAAGUGGGUUCGCACAAGAACCAUCAUUGACAGUUUUGGGCCCAAAUGGAAUGAGCAAUACACUUGGGAGGUUUUCGAUCCUUGUACUGUUGUCACAGUUGGAGUCUUUGAUAACUGUCAUCUCCAUGGAGGUGGAGAUAAAAAUGGUGGAGGGGCAAGGGAUGCUAGAAUUGGCAAGGUUAGGAUUCGCCUGUCCACUCUUGAAACUGAUCGUGUGUACACACAUUCCUAUCCGCUUCUAGUAUUGCAUCCUAAUGGGGUAAAGAAAAUGGGGGAGAUUCACUUGGCAGUCCGUUUCACAUGCUCUUCUUUGCUCAACAUGAUGCACAUGUACUCGCAACCUCUGCUGCCAAAGAUGCAUUAUAUUCACCCUCUAACAGUCAGCCAGCUGGACAGCUUGAGACAUCAAGCUACUCAGAUUGUUUCCAUGAGGCUCAGUCGGGCAGAACCGCCUUUGAGAAAGGAAGUCGUUGAGUACAUGCUGGAUGUUGGGUCCCACAUGUGGAGUAUGAGAAGGAGCAAAGCUAACUUCUUUAGAAUCAUGGGUGUUCUCGGUGGGUUGAUUGCUGUGGGAAAAUGGUUUGACCAAAUCUGCAAUUGGAAGAAUCCAAUCACCACAGUGCUGAUUCACAUCCUUUUUGUCAUCCUAGUCCUGUACCCGGAGCUCAUCUUGCCCACGAUCUUCCUGUAUCUCUUCCUGAUUGGUGUGUGGUACUACAGAUGGAGGCCGAGGCAUCCACCUCACAUGGACACUCGUCUCUCUCAUGCUGAGUCUGCACAUCCCGAUGAGCUGGAUGAGGAGUUUGAUACUUUCCCUACCUCUCGGGCUUCUGAUAUCGUGCGGAUGAGGUACGAUCGUUUGAGGAGCAUUGCUGGAAGGAUUCAGACUGUGGUGGGUGAUUUGGCUACUCAGGGGGAGAGGCUGCAGUCGUUGCUGAGCUGGAGGGACCCGAGAGCUACUGCUCUGUUUGUGAUCUUCUGUCUGAUUGCGGCCAUUGUUCUGUAUGUUACUCCAUUCCAAGUGGUGGCACUUCUUGCAGGGCUGUAUGUGCUGAGGCACCCCAGGUUUCGUCAUAAGCUCCCUUCUGUUCCUCUCAACUUCUUCCGCCGGCUGCCUGCUAGAACAGACUGCAUGCUGUGAUGAAUGAAAGAAAGAAUGGAUGGAGCUUUUGCUGGUGAUGCAUGGAGUAGAUGGAUCAACCUUCCUCUUGAAGGUUUCCCGGGUUCUUUUGAAGUGGGGUAUAUUUCAUGUUCUCCAUCUUGUGGUUAAGUUAAUGGUGGUUUGUAAGUUUGGUAGGGAUGUGAUUUGCAACUCUUUCGAGACUGUUCUGCUGGACCGUUUUCUUUUGUGUCGCUAGUCUUUAGUUGGUAGAUAUUUUUAUGAAAUGGGGAUGCGUUCUUCUAUCCUGCACCAAAUGUGCUUCUUUCUUGGCAUGCCUGUGUCGUGCUCCUGUCGCUUUGCAGGUUUAUUAUUCCUUUCUGAUCAUUCCUGGCAUCACCUUGGCGUCCUUCUGAAAUCGCAUACCGUGGAGAGAAUAGAUCCGUCAUUGUUUUUUGUUUAUAGUUAUACACUGUCGGAUAAUAUGGCAAGUUGUUGUCCCGUCUCAUGUCUGUCUAGCUGGUUUGCAUCCAAUGUGUUGUGGGUUAUCUAUAUUUGUCGUAUUUGUAAAACCAUAAUAGUGUAUAGAUGGUUCAAAUCAAUCGAGAAAAUAUCUUAUAAGAGCCUAAAUUAAUAGACAAUUUUUAGCAAUGUGAAACAAUUAAACCACAAUUUUUUUUUUAUAUAAAAUACUCUACCAAAUGGCCUUGUUUGAGGGAGAUGUCUGACAAUGGAGUAGCAGGGUAGGUGUUUUCAGCCUUUUGAAUGUUUUUUUUUUUUGGAAGAAAAGCCUUUUGAAUGUUGCUGUGCGUGUUUUAUAGUAGAGGGUAGGGGUUGGACGAGCCAUUGGUUGUUGGAAUUGAGAACGGCAAUGCAACUGCAAGGGUAGGUUUCACUGGGUGAAUUGUUUAUUUUGUAGGGUAUACUUGCGUGCGUGGGGUGGGGGACCUUAUCCCCUCAGGACCCGUACCUAUGUCACCUUCUUCUUUCUUUACUUUCCCCAUAGACCCUUGCGUCUCUCUUUACAGCCUGUAAAAUGGCACUUUGCUCUUUUCACAUUUCUGCUUUUGAUGGAUAUUGCCAUCAGUUAGUCAGUGACUCAUGCAGUUAAAAGCGCGAUUCUAUCUAUAAACAGAAAAGGAGUAAAAUUGUAAAGUGUAGAAUUAAAGAGUAAAAACGUAAGUUUUUGACGCAUACUGUAAAAUAACUAAAAAUAUGUUAAGUACGACAUAUACUAUGAAAAAUAUGAGCGCCCAAAAUUUAGACAAGUUAAUAAAUACUUGCAAUUCAUUUCUAAAGUAGAGCAACUUAUAGCCUCUUAAUAAUAAGUUCAUAAACAUAAAUCUUAUCAAGAAGCCUCCUUCCCCUCCAUGCUAAUGAAUUUGAGAAGAGCCU